AUGGACCGACACUCCGGCAAUGGGCGUGGGCGUGGCCUCGCCCUCCACGUCGCCUCUCGCCUGCGCGGCAUCCGACGCCUGGCGCUGGCCACGAGCUCGCGCUUUACCAACUGCCGCUUUGUCUUCGCCCUGUCCGCGCUGGCCGUGCUAGGCGCCAAGCUGGUGCACGUCUACACCCACCUCUCAGCCUUGGCAACGGUCCAUAUGGUGCGGUGGGGGUACUCCUUCUUCGCCCAGGACACGCUGCUACUCAUAAUACUGCGCCUGCUACUCGACGGCUGGCUCUUCUCUCCCCGCAGCUCCGGCAUCUUGCGAUGGAUUGCUUCAUGCGUCGCGUCGCUCUUCAUCGGAAUCGUCAUCUUCCUUAAUAUCAUCAACAUCUGCUUCUUCGUCGUCAGCGGCUCCGAAAUACAUUGGCGCAACGUCGGGCUCGCUGGCGAUGCCGCCGGGCGUGCGCUCCUCCUCUCCGGGCUCGUCUCGUCGGUCCUCGUCAUUGGGGCCCUGAUUCUGCUGUCAUGGCUUCUUCAGGAUGUCUUGUAUGCCGCCUGGGGCUUGCUAAUGGACGUUGUUAGCUGGCCCGUCGUCCCCGGCGCACGCGCGCGGCUUUGCAGAACGAAAUUCCAAUUCUCGACCACCGAAUACACCGAGAUACCCCAGGGCGACAUCGAAUCUGCGGCGAAGAGCGAGGAGCAAGAAAAGCAGUACGGCGCACGAUCGGUCUUGGUUGAUCGGAUCAAAAGCUGGCCUUGGGCGCGCAUAUGGCACUAUGUGUCGUACGCCCUGGCGGCUGUCGCGUUGCUCGCCCACGUUAUCUUGUGCGCACUUCGCCCCGACGACAACUCUCUGCUGUUCAUGUCGUGGACUCCAGCGCUCCUCCCCUUUGUCGACUUCAAGACAUCAACUUCGAAUCUAGACAAGGUCAUCGUCCACAACACCACAAGCAUCUACCAAGGCUGGGAGGACAAGACCGCUCUCCGCGACCCGAUUCCUCUCUCCUGGUUACCGAAAGACUCGAUCGCUGGCUUCGAGGACUGGUAUCAGAACAAGAAGCAUUAUUCUGCGGAGGCCGAUCCCCUUCGAAUCUCCAACUUGGACGACAAACUUCUGCCAGAAUUGAAGGACCUGAAAGACGUGCCCAUCCGUCACAUCAUGGCCAUUGUGCUAGAGAGCACCAGAAAGGACGUCUUCCCUAUCAAGAACUGGGGCAUCAAUCCAGCACGGCUUCGCGAUUCCUGGGACGAACACGAGUUUCCACCAGAGGCCCUGGAACGUCUCAAGACACUUACCCCUACAGCCAAGUACAUCACGGGCGACUACAACGAUGAAUUCGAGCGGCCCCAAGGAGAAAACAACGGGACAGGACGAGGUGGCAUCAACUUCAAUGAUGCGUACACGACGUCGACUUACACCCUCAAGAGCUUAGCGGGCUCGCUUUGCGGUGUUAUGCCUAUGAUGGCUGACUUCAACCUCGAAUAUUUACACCACAUCUACCAGCCUUGCCUGCCGCACAUCGCAGCGGCGCUCAACACACUCGAGCACACUGCGAACGGCGGGCACGCGUUUGGCGGGUACAACUGGACAUCGACAUUUAUGCAGUCCGUGACUCUGUCGUACGACAAUUUCGGCGGCCUAAUGAAGAAGAUUGGCUUUCCCGAAGACGGCCUUAUCGACAAGGACUACCUCCAGAGCGAAGCGGCCAAGUUCGGGCGGAUAAACCUGCCAGAUGUGAAUUACUUUGGCUUCGAAGAGACGCCGCUCGAAGACUACAUACGCGAUCAGUUCGAGACGGCCAAGAAAACGAAUGGCCGUGCGUUCAUCACCCACGUCACGAGCACGAGCCACCAUCCGUAUUCGAUGCCCAAGUCGGAGGAAUACGUCCCCCUCGGCAAGGGCCUAGACGAUUUGUCUCACUAUAUCAAUGCGAUCGGAUACGAUGACCGCUGGCUCGGCAAGAUUCUCGGUUUCUUGGACGACUUGGGCGUCGCAAACGAGACGCUGGUGAUCUUUGUUGGCGACCACGGAUUGUCGAUCCCCGAAAACGACAUUCUAGCGUCCUACUACAACCCGAACAAAGCGAAUAACCACGUUCCGCUCGUUUUCUCACACCCGAAAUUACCCCCCAUUACGAUCAACGACGCCAUCUCCACGCAGUCGAUAUUACCGACCGUGCUGGACCUGCUCAUCGAGACGGGCUCGCUCUCUGGCUCCGCAACCCAGGCGGUCAAAGAUCUGCUUCAUAACUACGAAGGACAAUCUCUCCUGCGGCCCGUACGAAAGUCGAAGGAAGCGCAGCCAACAUCCGGUCUGCACUCUUCGCCCGAAGAGCUAGCCAACUGGCAGUUCACCAACAUCAACCCCGGGCGCGCGAUGCUGGGCGUGCGCGAUGCGCGGCACCAGUAUUGGCGCAUGGUGGUGCCCGUGGUGGACAACGUGGAAUGGCGCUUCACCGACAUCAAGAACGACCACCGCGAAGCCCACCCCAUCGUCGGAUUCAACUUUGAGGAGUUCCAAAAGCAGGUGGCGGAGCAGCACGGAGAUGAAGCCGCCACAUGGGUCGAAAAAGGCGCCUACGUAGCGCGAUGGUUUGUAGAGGAAAAUAGCAAGCGUUGGCGGUAUGGACCUUAUGAACCGUAA